AAAGCGAGCGACACUCCCGGAAUUACGCCGCUGGAACGUGAACGGAGCUCGGAACCACGAAAAUGCAGUACGCUACCCUGUUUUUGUUUGCCGCUGCCGCCCUCGUUGUGGCGGUGCACGGCAGGCCAUCUGCCAGGACAUUUGGUUCAUCGCAGCACCCUGCUCACCCUCACGACGCCCAUAAUCACGCCUCACUAGGUGCUCAACAUGAUACCACAAACCACGGGAUUCAGGCAGGUGGCGACUCUUCGGCCACCAUGCUUGUCUGCCAAGUCGUCAAGGUUCCUGUUGGCCAGUCCGGUGCGCAGCCCUCUCACGCCACACCCUGGGUUGGCUCGGCAUCGAUCAUGACAUCUGCGGUCGCCUCGGGCCCGCAAGAGGCCCUGUCUAGCCUCAACUCCCGCGUCAGGACGGCCGUGGAACGCAUCAUCAGCCCCGUCGUGACCGCUUUGCAGAACACAUCGCUCUGGCUCAACCGUACGUCGCAGAUGCACCAAUCGCACCAACACCCUGCUCUUCAUCACGACCAUCAGCACCAGCAUGCUGGCAUGGCCCACCACGCCCACGCGGCUCACAACCAUCACGAACAUGCUGGCAUCAACCACGUCGAGCAUCAGCACACGCAGCAUGGUGGGCACGCCCAUCAUCACGGCACUCAAGGGCAAGUCCACAACCACCCUGGGAACCCUCCUCAUGUUCCCCAGCUCCCGCAAACAGUUCCGAACCAAGCUGCGCCCAUGACCGUAGUCUCGGUUCCUGUCUUGGUACCCGCAGUACACGCCGGCCCUAUUCCUCUCGUGAACCUGUCCUCCAGUGUCCCAGCCAACGUCAAUGUGCCGUCACUGCAUUUCUCAAACCCUGGCCAGGACAACGCUACGACGUCGUCCCCCGUCGAGCUCGUCAAUGCUACGUCGCAAUCGGCGUCAACGGCCGCUGAUGCUAAUCUUCUUGGCCGCACUGCUGACUUGCCUACCACGCCCGUCACCGAGGUCACACUUACUCGGGCAUCCGAUGUGUCCACCACUACUGCGCUUUCUAGUAUAUUCACUAUUUGGUUUAGGUCCGGAACCAUGGAAGACUUGACCGAGGCUACCGGCACAUCGGAACGAACCACGUCGUCCCGUGGGCCCAUCUACACGUCUUCCACGGACGCAUCUACGACUGCUCUCGAGCGUUCGACCACGGGCUCUCUGCAACUAUUGCACGGCGAUUGAUGAACUAUUACGGUGUGACUAUUUUCUUCUUUCUUCAAGGUGAAUCUAUAUUUAUAUAUGUAUCUUGCAACUUCAGCGGUAGCAUUUUAUUUCGCAUGCACCUUUUGCAUCGACGCGGCUUCUAUAUGCAGUUGACAAUAAAGCGAGCGUUUUUAUUCA